CCGUUGUCAGGCCGCUGAUCGCCGCUGUCAUCGCCCUCUUCAUUCUGGGCACCAUGUUCAAAGUUGAAAAUGCCUACCGGGGCAUCCUGGAGUGGCGCGGCUGGGCGCCGCUGGCGCGCGUCAGCUACUGUGUGUCCGUGAGCCACGUGGCCAUCGUGCGCUACCUCCACGGCACCAGGGUCACUCUGUUCCACAUCUCGGGUCUGCACAUGAUCCACUACAUCGUAGCAGUCCUGGUGUUCACCGGAAUGGUAGCGGUGACGUUGCAUCUCACCAUAGAGGCACCCUUGUCCGAACUGAUAAGGCUGUUGUUGGAGAAGAAGUCGCCCAAAGUCAGCAAUGGCACAGUUGUCAACGAGAAUGGCGCAAACGGGAAUGCAGUCAAAUACGAUGACGUCGUAGGGUCCGAAGUCAAACCAUAUUUCAACGAAUAUAAAAAAUUAAGUGGUGAAGUCAAUGAGUCUGCAAAUAACGGCCACGUAGUGACUAAAAGUAAAAAUAUCUAGGGAGAUGGUUUAGUAAAACAAUAAAAAAAAUUACCAUACGACAUUUAGUUAAAUGAUUCUUUAAAU